UUCCCAGGCGUCUCCGGCGGCUUUUACUGCGCUCGGGGCGGCGCCGGCGCUCAGUGUGUUUGGAGCCGGCAGACGGGCGGGCCGGGCCCGCGAGCAUGGGGGUGAGGUAGGGCCGGGCCAGCCGCGGACGGGACGCGAGCGCGGCUGUGCGAGCGGAGCCGGGCCUGAGCGGCUGCAGGGAGGGACGCGGAGCCGGCUGGAGGAUGGAGGAUAAGAAAGAGGAGGGCGAGGCGGAGAUCCAGGAGCACGGGCCCGAGCACUGGUUCAGCAAGUGGGAGCGGCAGUGUCUGGCCGAGGCCGAGCAGGAGGAGGCGCUGGCCCCGGAGCUGCAGGACGAGGCGGCGGCGCAGCCCGAGCAUAAGCAGCAGAAGCUCUGGCACCUGUUUCAGAACUCGGCCACCGCCGUGGCGCAGCUCUACAAGGACCGGGUGUGCCAGCAGCCGGGGCUCUCCCUCUGGGUCCCCUUCCAGAACGCUGCCACUGCGGUCACCAACCUCUACAAAGAAAGUGUGGAUGUCCAUCAGCGAAGCUUUGAUGUAGGAAUUCAGAUUGGCUAUCAGCGUCGGAAUAAGGAUGUGUUAGCUUGGGUUAAAAAACGCAGAAGAACUAUUCAUAGAGAAGACUUGAUCAGCUUCCUAUGUGGAAAAGUUCCUCCUCCAAGAAAUUCUAGAGCUCCCCCAAGACUGACUGUAGUAUCCCCUAACCGAGCUACUUCAACAGAAACGAACUCAUCUGUAGAGACUGAUUUGCAACCCUUCCGUGAAGCCAUAGCUCUGCAUGGUCUUAGUGGUGCAAUGGCGAGUAUAAGUGUUCGUUCAAGUACCCCAGGCUCGCCCACUCACGUGAGCAGUGGCUCCAAUGCUAGUCGAAGGAGAAAUGGACUCCAUGAUGUUGAUUUGAACACUUUCAUAUCAGAAGAAAUGGCACUCCACUUGGACAAUGGUGGAACUAGGAAGCGUACCUCAGCCCAAUGUGGCGAUGUCAUUACAGACUCACCAACUCAUAAACGCAACAGAAUGAUCUAAACUGCAAAAAUUUCAAACCCACCAUGCUGCUUGAAAGCCACUUGAUCCUCAGAGUACUAUUGAAAAGGAAACAUCAGGCCAUCUUUCCAUAUUCACUGUUAAAAACAAAUUAAUUCAAUAAUUGCCAUAAGUAAGUUUUAGAUAUUACAUUAGAUGCCUCUUGUAACUGCAGCUUUCUUAAACUAUAUUCUUAGCAGAGGACAUCAGAUAUUGUGUAGUAGUUAAGUUAGCAAGUUCAUCAUAGGCGAACAUGUAUCUGUUCCAAGGCUAAAAGUGACCUUACUUGUAUUAUUAAAGGGAAAGGAAAUUUCAGAUGUUUAUUUGGUUAUAGAAUGCUUUUUUGUCCUUUUAUUUCCUGCUGUGUUGAGUAUUUGCUUAAACAGUAUUGCCGGUUUGACUGAAAUUGUCUACAACAUGACUUGGCAUCUUUGUCAAAACUGCAGGCUUCCAUUUUUGCAGCACUGUACCAUGCACCUAGUUUCUAUAUAGUAACAGUGUGCAAGUUAUAAAUAUUGGACUGUACCCUUUUUAGUUUUAAAAGCAGUUGAUAAUUCUGGUGGUUGUGUGAUAAUGUAAAGAGGUGCUAUGAUGGUCAUACAAUUAAUACUUAAUAUUGAAUCAAUACAAGGAUCUUUAUUGGAUUCACUUUGUGUGUUUUAGUGCUCUGAAGUAGCAAUAUUAAACUUUUUUCCCCAAUUAACUUAAUAGGCUUUUAAACCAGUUUGAGAAAAUAUAUGUACUUAUUGGUAUUAUCCUUGUGGUAAUCAUACACAGUGCAGACUGCACCAGUGCUGACCUAAAUUUAGAGGAAGAUGUCCUGUAAUUGGAAAAUAGGCUUUUCUGUUCAGUAUUAGUGAAGGGUAGGUUUUGUGUACACCCAUACCCAUUUUUGCAUUUCUUGUGAAGUAAUUGCCCAAUGCUGGGGAGGGGUGGGAGGAGAGGGAAUGAGGGGGAAUAGUUGGAAGAGGGGUGUGUUCUAACAAGUAAGACUUCUGGUCGCAUGUGGAAACUUGGACUAACUUAAAUAAGAUUCUGUGUGACGCCGUCUCCUUCAGGAGGGAGUGACAUGCAGGUUCUGUGUAGUGCUAAGGAAAUAAUUUAAAACUGGAAAUUGAUUAUAAAGCUCUGGAUAAACAUGCUGUAAGGAUGAAUUAGGAUAAAUGGCUUUCUUUUUGUGUUGAGCUUACAUUCAUAGGAUUGAACUCUGGCUGCCAUAACUUAAACAUAAUCUAAAACUGAACUAGUUUACAUUAUCCUUCUCCAUUCCCAUUUCUGACUGGGGAAGGAUAAGUGUCUGUCUCAGUGUCAUGACUAUUUUUACAUGGAGAUGCAGUAAGUCUUUGGCAGAGGACUCUGGCUUUUAGGGCCUCCAAGUCCCUGCCUAGGAAAGAGAUAAUACAGGAGGAAUAAGAAAACAAAGAGCUCAAAACCUGCAAGUUGGGAAGGGGUGAGGUGGUAUGCGUACUUUAACUGGAAGCAUAGGCUGGCUCUGGGAUGAAGUGCAACUAGGCUAGAUUCACAACACUAGAAUGUGGUGGUCUAGCUAUGUUAAGGCACCUUGAGCUCCAUGUGAAUACACAGCUCUUCAGGACUUUUCGCUUACACGCUUUUAGAGUUGGGUUUUUUUUUGGGUAUCAUCUUCCUUGUCUGAGGCAGACUUCACUGCAGUUUCACUCCUUUCUACCCUGAUGUCCUCUCCUUGGUGUUCUUGUAGUUGAGGCAAGACAGCAAUGAUCUGUUAAUUCCUCAGAAUUAAAGAUUCUCUACUGAGAGCGUGAUUUCCUUGCUUUGUGGUGCUUCCGUCAAAUUUCUUGCAUCAAAGAGCUCUUGAAGAUGUCAACAGUUGCACAAUACUGUAGCUAGAGGUUUUGUAGUUCAUGGGACAAGUGUAAAAACUGUCCAAAGCAAGAUGGUAACUGUUCAAAACCCUCACCUGUGUUACAUAGCUGAACUUGCACAUCACCUGUCGACUUGGUAUACAUUGAUUUCAGUUACUGCUAUUAACUAUGAUUCAUAAGACUUAUUUUAUGUAAGAUAUUAAUACUGCAUAAGGCUAGUUUUCAUUUGGAGACUGCAUUUUCAACAAAGACGUGGAAGAAGGUAUCUUUAAGUAAAUCUGUUAGUAUUUAUUAGGCAGAGGCACUUUCCUGUUCCAAAAGAGGAAUCUGUAGUCCUGAAUAGAAAAGGACUUGGGAGAACCAUUCUUCAGCUUUUCUUUCUAUUCAUUCACUGCCUUGUACAACUAAGAUGCUUGUGCUCUGUGACAUCUAACACUUCACUGUUGUGGUAAAGGUAACAGCAUAUUGGUAUCAGUUCUGCACAUCCAGACUGGACUGUAACAGUGCUUCUGGUCUAUCCCAAAUAUACAGAGCCUGUUUAAAUUACUUCUGUUCCUUGCAGUGACACAAAUCAUGUUUAAUGCUUUGAAGCAUUAAUUCAGUCUAGUACAGUCUAAACCAAAAUUUGUCUGGCUUUUUACUUAAUUUGUGCCAUUUUGAAAGCAAGCAGGCUUAGGUAUUAAACUGAUUGCAUUAAUGUUCUUUUGCUUGUACCUUAAAUAUUUGGUAACUUUUGGAUUUGUUUCUUGUUUAGCCCAACUGUCAUUUGUUCUUUGUUAACCUCUGCCAGAAGGAUCAAAAAAAAAAAAAUGCAUGUGUUCAUCUGUUAAACACAAGGAGAAAAGAUUGUUCCUUAAAAAAAUAAAACCUGUUCAGUACCUGUUGCUUUGAAGACUAUUUCUUGUGCCAGUGUAGGAAAUUGACACUCUGGAAAUAGCAUUGAGCUGUUCUCCAAACUGUAGCUCCUGGAGCCAGAAGCAAGUUGAUUUUUCUGUAAGAAACACUGAAUUGAGAACUGUUUUAGUUUGGUUUAAAACAAACAAACAAACAAUGGUGCUCACUUUUGCUUUCUCCUCUGAAUCGUAUAGUUGACCGUUCUCUUCUCCAUGUACAUCGAAUCUUAACAUGAAUGUGCGGCAAGUUACAUAAAGUACAUCCUGCACUGAAGCUACUGAGCUUGGCUUGCUUAUUAAUGAAGUAAGUUUUAAAUGUUAAAUUGAAAUCUAUAUUACAGUAAAGUAAUGCAAAAAUGAUUUUGGCUGAAACUGAAGUCCUGCAGUUAAACUUACUCUCAAAUGUGGUUUACCCAGCUGGAGUAAUAGAAACUCUUUAAGGCAUAAUAAACCUAAUAAAAUUUUAAAUACAA